GUGUGUUUCAUAAUGCUUAGCCAAAUAUUUUGAUAGUUAUGAUGCUAUAGCCUGCAGGAAGGCUCCUCCUCUGCUGUUUUAAAGUGAUUUUUCAGAGACACAACCAGCUGUCUCCCAAGUUCAAAGACUCAUUUUGCAGCUGCAGGGUAGCUUAAAAAUAAAAUAACGACGCGAAUUUGUGGCUGUAGCCUGUGCCGGUCACGGCUCCUGGGGACCAGAGAGCUGAAAGGCUGGAGGAUGGUGCAGGACCAUGGGGUGAUGGACUGUGCUGGCAGGGAGAGUCUGGCUCACCCGCACAAGUGUCCUUUGAGCUGAGGCUGUUACUGGCAGUGUUGUGUUGCAGUGACAUUUGCUGACUCCCACAGCCUCCAUGUGCUCUGUCAAAUGUCACCCAGAUGCAGUCAGUCGGUUUGGUCACCCGGGGUGAGCAGCACAGAACUGCAGAAACAACUUGGGAGUCAGAGGCUGAGAUUUUACUUAAUUUUUAGACACCUAACUCCCAUCAAGAGCAUUAAACAACCAUCAUGGCCAACUUUUAGAGCUAUUGGGAACCCAGGACCCUUCUGAGAAGGAGGCUCCUGAGCGUGGGUUCUUCAGAUGCACAGUGCCACUUGAGUGUCUAAAACUAGACAGGCUGUGAUGCAGCUUUCUUAUUCUGUACAUACCUAAGAACAAUUAUGCUUCGUUAAAUGACUUGCUGCCUCCUUUUAUGUGAAACAAGCCCCUGUCUCUUGGCAGGGUCAGCCUUCUUGGCAGGGUCAGCAUGGUAGAACUUGGCCUGUGGCAGGCUGGUUUGCUAUAGCUGCUUGGCUGCUUUGGUCCCUUUCCUAUGGCAAGGUGACAAUUUCUUUAAACAUCUUUGCUCUUUGAGAUGAUUCACCAGAAUAGUUACAGUGAAUUGUUUUGUUUUUUAGCAGGCGUUCACGUGGCUCCUGGGGGAUUUGCAGAAUAAUGUUUUGACAUUGAUGCUGUCUUGCUUGGGCGUGCAGGCCAGUGGGUAUAUGACCGCUCGCUAGCUGGCGGGGUUCAACGCUUAGCAUUGGGUUUCUGAUGCAAACAUGAAUCUGUCAUUUGCUUCCUGUGGAUAUUAUAAACUGUGGGAUUACUGUGCCAGUGGAUGCAGCCAGCCAGUUGCCUGCAGAAAGCAAAGAGUGAAUUAAGUCCAACUUGGGUGAAUGUUUAUGGAAAAGUUUUUUUUAUGCUUGAAGUUGCUAACAGUUUUGAAUAUAGUCUUACUUGUAUAUGUAUUUAUAACAAUAUGUUAACUUGUAUGAAAUAUUGAUACGUGAACAUGCAUGUGUUUUUGUAUAACGUGUACAUAUAUCACUACUGCAAGUCCUUGCACAGAACAGUGGCCAUUACUGCUUCAGUGCAUCCCCUGGACCGAUGCUAGUGUUACCACUAGCAUCACGGGGUGCAUCCGCUCCUGGCAGCGCAGAGGACUGCCUGGCUGGGCAAAGGCUUGCAGCAGUGGGCUGUCACGCUGUCAGAAGUGCAAUCUCCUGUCCAGCCCUGAAACACAAGAGAUAGUAGCUUCUGAACUGCUGGCUGCUGUGCUAUUGUGCUGUUGCUGCUGCUGUUUAGCUUGGCAGAGAUUCGUUGACAUUGGUAGGAUGCAAGUUAUUGUGUUUCUGCUGUUUUGAAUGUAUUUUUAUAUCCUUUCCCCUUAGAUGACUAUGUUCACAUUUCUAGCAAGCCCUGUGACCUCCAUUGCACCACUGUGGAUGGUCAGAGACAGUUAAUGGUUCAGGCUCGGGAUGGAACAUCCUGCAAAUACACUGAUUUCCGAGGGGUUUGCGUGUCUGGAAAAUCCGAUUGGAUGCGAUGGCAUUCUCUUUUCCACCCACACCUUGGAUAAAUGUGGAGUUUGCCAAGGAGAUGGGAGCAGCUGCACUCAUGUGACCGGCAGUUACCGGAAAGGAAAUUCCCAUCUUGGCUAUUCCCUGGUAACGCACAUUCCUGCUGGAGCAAGGGAUAUCCAGAUAGUAGAACGGAAAAAAUCUGCAGAUGUUCUGGCUGUGGCUGAUGAAGCCGGGUACUAUUUCUUCAACGGGAACUACAAAGUUGACAGUCCAAAGAACUUCAACAUUGCAGGCACAGUGUUCAAGUACCGCAGGCCCAUGGAUGUUUAUGAGACCGGCAUAGAGUAUAUUGUUGCACAAGGACCGACAAAUCAAGGGCUGAAUAUAAUGGUCUGGAAUCAAAAUGGCAAGAAUCCAUCCAUCACGUUUGAAUACACCCUCCUGAGGAGGCCACACUCAAAAAAUCUGCAGCCCAUCUACUACACCUUCUCUGAGUCAGAUAGCGAAGAAAGCAGGGAGUUUGAUGGAGACGUGCCAUUGGGUUUUAUCCAGCACAAUGCAACCUAUUUUGGGAAAAUCUCCAGGGAAAGGAUAGACUUGGAGAACCAGGUGUUUGGAAGGCAGGACACGGAGGAAGAUUUAAACUUGAGCAAAGGUCAGGAAACCAAUGAGGUCUAUGAAAGAGCAGAAACAAUUGACUGUGAGCCAAAACUGAAGGGCAAACAACCCCAAGAUUCAAACGUAACCAGGUCUACUUACCAGACAGACCAUGACGACAGAGACUUCGACCCCAGGUUCACCUCCAGGGAAUUCCUUUUGGAGAAUGCCAUCACGGACAAGCUGCUGGACAAGACCUCAGACUCCAAGGAGCUGGUGCUCAACAUGACCAUGAACAGCAUCUUUGCCCAGGGAGACCCGAUCAACUCCGUGGGGUCACACAUCGACAGCCUCUAUGUUGACUAUGAGGACACUGAUGGCCUUGUGACCUACUCCAUUAACAGCACUUACAUGGAGCUGAGCAACGGCAAGGCCAUCAACACGUCUGCAGAGACGCAGUUUUCAAAUGCCACUGUCACCAUGACCAGCCCUCAAGGCAACAGAACCCACAAAGCAAGAAACAGAUUGAAGUUGUUAAGAAAGGGCCAAGGUGUGAGUGCUGCUGACAUGUACAGGUGGAAGCUUUCCUCCCAUGAACCCUGCAGCUCUACAUGUACCACAGGAGUGAUGUCCACAUAUGCUAUGUGUGUUCGCUAUGAUGGGAUCGAAGUGGAUGAUACGUACUGUGAUGCCAUGACCCGUCCCGAGCCCAUCCAUGAGUUCUGUGCUGGGAGAGAGUGCCAGCCAAGGUGGGAGACGAGCAGCUGGAGCGAGUGCUCCCGCACUUGUGGGGAGGGCUACCAGUUCCGCAUCGUUCGCUGCUGGAAAAUGAUCUCUCCAGGAUUCGACAGCUCCGUCUACAGCGACCUCUGUGAGUCCGCUGACAUCACCCGUCCAGACGAGCGCAAGGUCUGCAAGAAUCCAGCCUGCGGGCCCCAGUGGGAGAUGUCAGAGUGGUCUGAGUGCUCAGCCCGGUGCGGAGAACGGAGCGUGGUGACACGGGACAUUCGCUGCUCGGAGGACGAGAAGCUGUGUGAUGCCAGUGCCCGGCCCCUGGCCGAGAAGAACUGCACCGGGCCACCCUGCGACCGGCAGUGGACCGUCUCUGACUGGGGACCGUGCAGCGGCGGCUGCGGGCAGGGCAGGAUGAUCCGGCACGUGUACUGCAAAACCAGCGACGGGCGGGUGGUGCCGGAGUCGCAGUGCAACCUGGAGACGAAGCCACUGGCCAUCCAUCCCUGCGGGGACAAGAACUGCCCCUCGCACUGGCUGGCGCAGGACUGGGAGCGGUGUAACACCACGUGCGGCCGGGGCGUGAAGAAGAGGAUCGUGCUCUGUCUGGAGAUCGUCAAUGGCAAGAUCAAGACUCGCAACCCUGCGGACUGUGAUGUCGCCAAGAAGCCUGUGGAGGAGACGACGUGCUUUGAGCGGCCGUGCUUCAAGUGGUACACAACCCCCUGGUCGGAGUGCACAAAAACCUGUGGCAUCGGUGUGAGAAUGCGGGAUGUGAAGUGCUACCAAGGGAAGGACAUUGUCCGGGGCUGUGACCCACUGGUGAAGCCAGUGGGCAAACAGACCUGCGACCUGCAGCCCUGCCCCACGGAGCCCCCAGAUGACAGCUGCCAGGACCAGGCAGGAACCAACUGUGCUUUGGCCAUCAAAGUCAACCUGUGCAGCCACUGGUACUACAGCAAAGCCUGCUGCCGCUCCUGCCGCGCGCCCCACUCCUAGUGCCUGACAGUACCCAGCACCUGUGGCACGUGCCGGCACCCCUGGGCUGCGCCUCCCUUAGCAAGGGCUCCGUAUACCAUUUAGUAAGCGCUACGCAUCCCACAGACUGAUGUUAAGGAUGCCUUUGGGUUGUUUUGGUUUGGUUUUGUGUUGUUGUUUUGUUGUGGUUUGUUGUUUUUUUUUUUCCCACCGAUGCAGAACUACUAUCCUUGUCCCUCUCCCGUGGAGGAAUGGCGCCAGCACGGCUCGCUUGCCAAGCCGUUACCGCUGUACAUUGGUAGCCCCCGUUAUCAGAGCUGUACAUAAAGUCGUGUAUAUUUGAUUCCCCCGAACUGCAGACAACGUUUCACAGGGUCUUGUCCUUUGGUUUCUUUCCUCUGUGUGAGUUUGGGGUUGAGGAGGGGAAGGUGUGAACUCUGUGAAGUGCAAGUUUCCCUUCGCGAGCGGGCUUAGUGCCUCUCUCCUAAUUUAUCCCCGAGACCUUCACUCUCUCGUUAGCUGCAUUUAAUGUGGUGGGAAGCUGAUUUUUCGUUUGCUAAAUGAACUCGAGCCCAAGCCCUUUUUUUGUAAUAUGUAGGUGUAUACUUUUUCAGAGAAUUUUAUCUUAUAAUCAAAUGUUAGUUCCAUAGUCCUUACACCCCACCCCAUAAUGCUGACAUAUUGUAUAUAAUACGGAAACAUAACUGCACUUUAUAUCACAAAAAAGACGUGCUCUUUUUUAAUAUAUUUGUUUACAGACAGUGAACUUUAUCCAUAUAAUCAUUAAUUUGUACUCAUAUGUAUAUUUUAAUAAAGUUGUCAUAUUUA